CCCGAGCGGGGCCCGGCCCGCUUGUUGGGAAUGAGAGUGAACAACGUUUAUGAUGUGGAUAACAAGACCUAUCUCAUUCGCCUGCAAAAGCCGGACUGCAAGGCCACGCUGCUGCUGGAAUCCGGGAUACGGAUCCACCUGACGGAGUUUGAGUGGCCAAAGAACAUGAUGCCAUCCAGCUUUGCCAUGAAGUGCCGGAAGCACCUGAGGACGCGGCGCCUGGUGAGCGUGAGGCAGCUGGGCAUCGACCGCAUCGUGGACCUGCAGUUCGGCAGCGAGCAGGCCGCCUACCACCUCAUCCUGGAGCUCUACGACAGGGGGAACAUUGUCCUCACUGACCACGAGUACCUGAUCCUGAACAUCCUGAGGUUCCGCACGGACGAGGCCGAUGACAUCAGGUUUGCAGUGCGGGAGCGGUACCCGGUGGACAGUGCCAAAGCUCCUGUGCCUCUGCCAACCCUGGACAGGUUAACUGAAAUCAUAUCCAAUGCACCCAAAGGGGAGCAGCUGAAGAGGGUUCUGAACCCCCUCCUCCCUUAUGGGGCCACUCUCAUUGAGCACUGCCUUAUAGAAGCUGGAUUUUCUGGAACUGUCAAAAUAGAUCAACAUCUGGAAAAUAAAGAAAACCUUGAAAAGGUUCUCUCAGCUCUAGAGAAAGCAGAAGAAUACAUGGCCCUCACUGACAACUUCAGUGGAAAGGGUUAUGUUAUCCAGAAAAGGGAGAAAAAGCCAAGUCUGGAGCCAGAUAAACCAGCAGAAGAUAUCUACACAUAUGAGGAAUUUCAUCCUUUCUUGUUUUCUCAACAUUCAAAAUGUCCCUACUUGGAAUUUGACUCAUUCAAUAAGGCCACAGAUGAGUUCUACUCCAAGCUGGAGGGGCAGAAGAUUGACCUGAAGGCCUUGCAGCAGGAAAAACAAGCAUUGAAGAAACUUGAAAAUGUCCGUAAGGACCACGAGCACAGGCUGGAAGCUCUCCAGCAGGCUCAGGAAGCUGAUCAGCUGAAGGGGGAGCUGAUUGAGAUGAACCUGGAGGUGGUGGGCAGGGCCAUCCAGGUGGUGCGCAGCGCCCUGGCCAACCAGAUCGACUGGAGCGAGAUCGGCGCCAUCGUCAGGGAGGCCCAGGCCCAGGGCGACCCCGUGGCCACGGCCAUCAAGGAGUUAAAGCUGCACACCAACCACAUCACCAUGCUGCUGAGGAACCCCUAUGUGUUAUCUGAAGAGGAAGAGGAGGAGGAUGAUGCUGACAUAGAGAAGGAAGAAACAGAAGAACCAAAGGGAAAGAAGAAAAAGAAUAAAACCAAACAGUUGAAGAAACCUCAGAAAAACAAACCCUUAUUGGUUGAUGUUGAUCUGAAUUUGUCUGCCUAUGCCAAUGCUAAAAAGUACUAUGAUCACAAAAGACAUGCAGCCAAGAAAACUCAGAAGACAGUGGAAGCUGCAGAAAAGGCUUUUAAAUCAGCUGAGAAGAAGACAAAGCAAACCCUGAGGGAAGUUCAGACAGUCACCACCAUCCAGAAAGCCAGGAAGGUUUAUUGGUUUGAGAAGUUCCUGUGGUUCAUCAGCUCUGAGAAUUACCUGGUCAUUGCUGGCAGGGAUCAGCAGCAGAACGAGCUCAUUGUGAAGCGCUACCUCAGACCAGGGGACAUCUACGUGCACGCGGAUCUGCACGGAGCCACCAGCUGCGUGAUCAAGAACCCCUCAGGUGAGCCCAUCCCCCCGCGGACGCUGACGGAGGCCGGGACCAUGGCGCUGUGCUACAGCGCUGCCUGGGACGCCCGCGUGGUCACCAGCGCCUGGUGGGUCUCCCACAGCCAGGUUUCUAAAACUGCCCCCACAGGAGAAUAUCUCACUACUGGGAGCUUCAUGAUCCGAGGGAAAAAGAAUUUCCUUCCACCUUCCUAUCUGAUGAUGGGCUUCAGCUUCUUGUUUAAGGUGGAUGAAAGCUGUGUCUGGAGACACCGGGAGGAGAGGAAGGUCAAAGUCCAGGAUGAGGAUCUGGACACGGUUUCCAGCAGUGCCAGUGAGCUGGUGGCUGAGGAGGUGGAACUUUUAGAUGGAGGAGAGAGCAGCAGUGAGGAGGAAAAAGCUGAGGCUGAGGAAGCUCCAGAGGCUGAGGAAGCUCCAGAGGCUGAGGAAGCCCCAGCUGAGAGUGCCCAUGAGGAGGGUGUUGCUGAGCUGGAGCAGGGAGGAGGGAACAUUCCUGCUCCAGAGGCUGACUCUGAGGAGGAUGAUGGAGAAUCUGAGGAAGAACAUCCAGAGCCAAAGAAGGAAGUGAAGGAGGAAGAGGUGAAUUAUCCAGACACCACAAUUGACCUGUCACACCUUCAGUCCCAGAGAUCCCUGCAGAAAAUCAUCCCCAAAGAGGAAGAGCCCAGCUUGAGUGACAGCAGGGCCCAGGGCCGGAGGCACCUCUCUGCCAAGGAGAGGAGAGAAAUGAAGAAAAAGAAGCAGCAGAACUCUGAGAACUCGGAGCUGUCUGAAGAGAAGCAGAAGGAGACAGAGCCAGAGACCCAAGCUGCAGCUGCUCCCAACAGCCACAAGGCUGCUCCAGCCCCUCAGCCCAUCAAGAGGGGCCAGAAGAGUAAAAUGAAGAAGAUGAAGGAGAAGUACAGGGACCAGGACGAGGAGGACCGGGAGCUCAUCAUGAAGCUGCUGGGGUCUGCAGGCUCCAACAGGGAGGACAAAGGGAAAAAAGGGAAGAAGGGGAAGACAAAAGAAGAGGCAGCAAAGAAGCAGCAGCAGAAAACCAAACCUGUGCGUCGGGCAGCCGGAGGGGGCAAGGAGACCCUCCCAGCAGGAAUUCUGCAUGAGGCACAGGAGCUGGUCCUGGAUGAGCUGCAGGAGGAGAAGGAGGAGCAGGACCAGGAGCAGCCAGGACUGGAGGACAGCGAGGCCCUGCUGGACUCCCUGACUGGGCAGCCCCACCCCGAGGACAUCCUGCUCUUUGCUGUCCCCAUCUGUGCUCCCUACACAGCCAUGACCAACUACAAGUAUAAAGUCAAGCUCACUCCAGGCACCCAGAAGAAGGGCAAAGCUGCCAAGAUUGCCUUGCACAACUUCAUGCAGUCCAAAGAAGCCAGUGCUCGAGAGAAGGAUCUGUUCCGCAGUGUCAAGGACACGGAUUUGUCAAGAAAUAUUCCUGGGAAGGUGAAAGUGUCUGCACCUCACCUCCAGAACAUGAAGAAGAAGUGAUUCCAUGGUGGGAGCCUCACCCUCAAACCAGACCCAGGCCUGGGACAGGCAGACACAGACCCAGAGCAGGACUGAACUGCAGCAGCCAGGACCUGCAUUCCUGGUGCUUCAGCUGGACUCUGAUACAAACUGCAGAUAAACCUGGAAGUAAAUUGCUGGCAUUUGGCCAGGAAUGUCCUCCCCUGCUGCUGCUUCUCUGUUCUCUGGAAUUUGGGGCAGGAGAAGCCCGGGGUGUUCAGUUCCAGAGCCUCCAGGAGGGCAGUUCCAGGGAGAAUGCUUCCUUUGGGAAGCUGGGGUUGUUUCCCCAAACAUUCCCUGGCUGUGCAGAGAGGGAAGGUGCAGGGCUGGGAGUCAGGAUAAACCCCUGGGAUUUCUCAGGAAUUACAGCACAGGAAUUGUUCUAGAAGACAACGUUUUUAAUUGGUUUUUGAUGACAGCUUAAAACAUGAUUCCCCCCCUUCCCCACAGCAGCACAGCCUGGCUCUGGCCCCUGUCCCCAAGAGCUCCAUGGCCCUGCAGCCUGGGGACAGUCCUGGGGCUGGGAACAGG